CGCCGUAAGAUUAAGAUUGAGUAUAUUGAAGACAAGACCAGACGUCAUAUCACCUUCUCCAAGAGAAAGGCUGGUAUCAUGAAAAAGGCUUAUGAGCUCAGUACUCUCACAGGAACCCAGGUCCUUCUCCUGGUUGUUUCCGAAACAGGUCUGGUAUACACAUUUACAACUCCAAAACUCCAGCCAUUGGUCACAAAACCUGAAGGCAAGAACUUGAUUCAAUCAUGUUUGAAUGCCCCC